AUCUCUCUGCAAAUUUCAAUUUUACUAGUUUCAUAAAUAUAAUGAUUAAUGAGAAGGAAAAUUGAAGUGAAAACAGUGAAUCUGAGUAAAAAAAUGUAUAGAAUAUAGAGAAUCAAGAAAAGGGUAUUCAUUUUCUUGAGAAAUCAGUAUCAGAAAUGGAAAAGAUUGAGACUUUAGCAGUCAAAAAGCUAAUUCUAAGCUAUCUUUGUUAAAAUUGCAAGUUGGGUUUUCAAGAAAAGGACAAUUUUAUUGAAAAAUUGAGUAGUUGUAACAUAGAGGCUGAAAAAUGAAGUAGAGAACAGAGAUAAGAUGAUAAAAAUUGAAACUUGACUUUCUUUAGCAAUGCCUGAUGUUUCCCUCUCCUUAGCUGGUUUGAAUCGGGUCCGAGUUGGUGACCUAAUAGGAGCAUACAGUUACUAGUUCCAAUGCUUUUGUUGAGAAGGAAGUAAUCGAUCCGUUUAUAGCUGGUUUAGUCCAAUUGGUGAUGGUGGUGUUGCAUUGUCGUAACCAUCUUCGUGGAACUUUUAGGCUUGGCAUUCGAGUGGUUAAUAUGUAGGGGUUGUAUUCAAAGGUGAAGAGGCUCGGGAUAUUUGGAAUGUUUGGAGAAUAGGGAUGGAGGAAGAGUACAUGAGCUUUCUAGGCAAUGGAAAAUGGCUCAGAUUGUGUAACAGCAUGCUGAUGAAACAGUUGAAUCAACAAAAAGAAUACUUGAUGAACCUAAUUACAAUCCCGGAAAGGAAAUAUGAGUUCGUUAGCCUUCAGAAAAAUGUCGAAUCUUGUUUCCUAUUAAGGGAUUUGUGUAAUACUCCCUCCGGCUGAAAUUAUCUAUCUUGUUUCUCCUUUACAUGCCCCUUAAGUAAACAUUAAUUAAGAAUUUUUAUUUUACUACUUUACCCUCAUUUAUGUCUUAUGAUAUGAUCUCUCGUCAUUAAAUAUUUAUUCGGGUGUUCAUAAUCUUCAAGAAACCAAUAGUUCAUGGUGUUUGUACUUGGCAGAAUGAUUUAAUAUCCUAGUUGCACUUUGCAUAUAUGUUCUAUUUUCCUGCUUAUAAGCCUGUUGAACUUUUUCAUUCUCAAGAGGUGCUUGUUUCAUUGACACAAGCAUACUGAUUCUCUUACAAAUUUUUAUUUUCUGUAAUUAACACGCAGCAAUGGCUUGUCGGACUUUCCCCCUUUUAACUUUCCUGCAACAGACUUCAAUAAUCUUGCUCGUAGUCUUCGGAAACAUGCAGUUACUGAUUUUCCUGCUUCUCCCUCCUUUAUUCCCAAAUUUUCCUUCUAUGAUGUGAGCUCUUGAAGCGGACGAAAAGAUAUGAGGCCUGCCGAUCAUUGUCCACAUAAUGUUAAUUCUUCUUUCACCGACCAAAAUGAUUGAAGAUGAAUGGUCCGUGAAACCAUUGAAGAAAAGAUGAUGUAGAUAUCUUGGAAAGUAUUGUACAGAUCAAAGAAGCCGAGGCACAAAUGAUUCAGAGUCUUGCAAAUGAUGCACUAGGAGAUGUAGGGAGUUUGAGGCGUCUGACUAGGCCGAAGAGCGAGAUACUGGAGGAAGAGUAUUCCGAAUGACCCUCCAAACUGUGCUUGCUGGAAACUGAGAAAAGGGGUUGAAAAAAGUUGGAAGAGCUCAAGACUUUGGAGAAUUUACAUUGCGAUUACAACAAGAUGAAAAUGCAAUUGCAUAUGGAAAUUUCAGGCUUGUUAAGCAGAAAGGAAGCAGCCAAACAGCCAUUGAGAAGAUUCAGAGGCAAAUUUCUGAAGUUCUUCCUUCCAAUCUGUCAGUUUUUAAUCUCUCUGCAUAUAAUGGUUAGUGGUCAGUCAGAUGCUUUGAGGGGAAGAGGUUCGGGAUAUUUGAAACGUUAUGGAGGAAAUGCACAUAAGCUUACUAGGCAAGCGAAUUGCGGAAAAGGAACUAUUAAAUCAGUUCAUAGCAGUUUUAGGCCAAUUGGUGACGGUGGUGUUGCGUUGUCAAACCAUGUUGGUGGGACAUGGUUUGACAGUCGAGUGGUCAAUAAGGAAACAUGUAGUGAUCUUAUUCAUAGGAGUACAAGCUCGGAUAACAAUUUAAUUUUCCUAUCCGAUUUGUCUGCAAGACCUAGAGUUGUUGACAGUCAGUCAAGGGAUUCGAGGAAAAGAGGCUCGGGAUAUUUGAAACGUUUGGAGAAAAGGAAUGGAGGAAGAGCGUAUGAGCUCUCUAGGCAACAGACAAUACUUAGAAGAAUAGUGUCAGAGCCUAUUCCUCUUAUGGCUCAGAUUGUGCAACAGCUUGAUGACGAAACAGUUGAAUCAACAAAAGAAUACUUGAGGAAUCUAAUAACAAUGCCGGAAAGGAUAUAUGAGUUCGUGAGCCUUCAAAACAGACUUGAUGAGAGAUCUGAUCUUACCAAUCAGACUCUCUUGAACUGCCAUAAGAUCCAACUAGAAUUUUUGGUUUCUAUAAGAACAGGUCUUGGAAGCUUCUUAUCGGGAAACACCCGCCUUCUAACAUCAGAAUUGGUUGAAAUUUUCUUACUUGAAAGGUGUCAAAACAUUAAUUGCAGGAGGAUUUUGCCUAUUGAGGAUCGCGGUUGCAAGAUUUGUUCAAUGAAGAAGGGAUUCUGCAGCGAAUGCAUGUGUUUUGUGUGUCUGAAAUUCGACUGUACCAAUAAUACUUGCAGUUGGGUAGAGUGUGAUGCAUGCUUGCAUUGGUGUCAUGCUGUUUGUGGCAUUCGUCAAAAGCCAGGUCCAAUUCUCAAAGGACCCUCCGGGACAACCGAGAUGCAAUUUUACUGUCUUGGAUGUGGUCAUGCCUCGGAAAUGUUUGGCUUCAUUAAGGGCGUGUUCAUGUCUUGUGCGAAUGAAUGGAGCGAGGACACCCUGAUGAAAGAGCUUGAUUACGUUCAGAAAAUCUUCCAAGGGAGUGAAGAUUUUAAAGGCAAGGAGUUAUAUGUUAAGGCAGAUGUCUUACAUACAAAGCUAGUUACAAAGAUGAUUUCCCCUUCAGACGCCUGCAAGUUUAUUUUUCAGUUUUUCAGCGCUAUCAAAACGAUUGAAGAUGAAUGGCCAGUGAAACGAUAGAAAAAAGAUGAGGUCGAUAGCUUGGGAAGCAUUGUACGCAUCAAAGAAGCAGAGGGACAAAUGUUACAGAGUCGUGCAGCUGAUGCACGAGGAGAGGCGGUGACUUUAAGGCAGUUGGCUCGGCUGGAGGGUACGAAACUGAACGAAGCAUAUCAUGAAAGCCUCUCCAAAUUGUGCUUGCAAGAACGGAGGAAAGGAGGAGGAAAAAAUUGGAAGAUCUUAAGACGUCGGAGAAUGCUCAUUCCGAUUAUUGUGAGAUGAAGAUGAGAUUUGAUACAGAGGUUGCAGGCUUAUUAAACAAAAUGGAAGCCACCAAAAAACAAUUGGUAUAAGCAUAAUCUCUUCCUUGGCAGUUUCUCCAGUAAUUGUGACAGUUACUUGGUUUCCUUGUUGCAAGUUUUUUAAUAGUAAAUGGUUGGUGAACUAUUAGAAGUCUUUGGAAUACCUUUAAGUUCAUUUGUUUUUUCCAUAAAAAACUUAACUUUAUACAAUACAAUGUUUGGUUUAGUUUUCUUUUCUGCAUAAAUACCUGUAUAAGGUAUGCUGGAAUCUAUAUAUUAUUUUACGUGGGAUAGUGUAUUGAAUAAAAAGGUGCCCUUACUACUUA